AUGCUCGAUACAAUCUGUAGAAUUGAGCAAACAUUCUUGCUCUCGUUUCGCUCUCGAGAAAUUUGUUUACUUGCGAAUAUUGGUGUUCAACGAUCAAUACUUUUAUCUGGUCCAUCUGGUACAGGAAAGACCCAUGUAAUUCGUAGUCUAUGCUCCAAAUAUCAAGCAAAAUUGUUUGAUUUGACCAUAGGGGACUUGGCUGCGGAAUUUCCGGCUGAGACGGAAAAAGGGUUAUGGCAUUAUUUCCUGUUGGCUCGAAAAAAUCAACCUAGCGUAUGUAAGUACUUCCUCAAACUUUACAUUCCAAAGCUCUUUUUAAUUGGAGGUCUUACUGCUCCACAUUUUAAAGUGCUAUUAGAAAAUAUCGAAUUGUUUUUUCCGAUCGAUGAAAAACCUUUACUCCCUUUUUAUUUUUGUGAAUUAAUAGAAAAUUAUAUCACACAAGAUGUGGCCGUGUUAGUUGUUGGAAUCACAACAAAUGCUAAUCUGGUAAAUCCAAUAGUUCGAACGAUAUUUCAAGAUGAAAUUGAAAUUGAAAUUCCAACUCCUAAAGAACGUCUAGAAAUCUUUGGAACUUAUACAAAGGUUCUGGACCUCGAUAAUGAUAUAAAUGUUCAUGAAAUCAAUGAGAUGUGUCAUGGAUUUGUGGCGGCCGACAUUGUUUGUUUAUGUAGGAUGGCUUCAGAGAUGGCUGAUAUUCGCAGUAUUCAAGAGACAGGUGUUCCAGGGCAGUCGAGAAUAUUGAAUCGAGAUUUUCUUGAUAGCUUUAAGAAAAUUAGGAUUAGCAGUUUGCAAGGAAAAAAUAGCGCACAAAAGGUUGAUUCGGUGAAAUGGGAUCAUGUUGGAGGAUUGAAUGAAGCAAAGAAAAUAUUGGAAGAAUCAGUGAUUUGGAUGUACAAACAUUUUGACGCCUUUCGUCGUUUAGGUAUUAGACCAUCAAAAGGUGUUCUAUUAUAUGGUCCUCCCGGAACAGGAAAAACACUACUCGCCAAAGCUGUUACCACCGAGUCAUCAGUUCACUUUAUUCCAGUAUCCAUUCCGGAUUUGGUUAAGAGCGAGGUGGGUGAAUCCGAAAAGAUAAUUGCAAGCAUGUUCAAAAUAGCACGCCGAUGUAGUCCAUGUAUAAUUUUUCUGGACGAGUUGGAUGCAUUGUUUGGAAAUCGAGAAUCUAGCAGCAGUUUUGGGAGAAAGUUAGUAUCACAAUUAUUGUUGGAAUUAGAUGAACUCGAUUUAGUCGACCAAGGGGUGGUGAUUCUUGCAGCAACCAAUAAUCCUGAAGCAAUCGAUCCUUCUUUGCUCAGAUCAGGUCGACUGGAUAGGCUUGUGUACGUCCAACCACCAAAUUUUGAGGAAAGAAAAUCAAUUUUUACAAUUUUAAGCAAUGCAAAAACACGAUUUUCAAAUAACGUCGAUAUUGAUGAAUUGGCGGAAAAAACAGUAAAUUUCACUGGGGCUGAUAUUCAGGGGUUGGUGCAGAGAGCUGCAUUGCUAGCAUUCAAAAAGUUUAGGAAGAGUGAUAAUAAAGAGGAGAAAACAAUUGAUCGUGUGGAUUUACUAGAAGCACUUUCGAACUUCAAACCUUCGAUCAAUGACAUACAACUUACACGAUAUCAAAAAUUCACUGAAUCAAUGGGUAUUGAUUUAAAUUUUCGAUAA